CCGCCCCUCUCCGCCCAGCGCGCGUCACAAGUGUGAGAGAUGGCGCGCGCCGCGCAAUCCCCGGAAUGUCGCGAGGAGCUUCGAGGACGGGAAACCAGGGUCUGCCGGGCGCUGUGCCGUAGCCCAAUCUCCCCCACGGCGCGUGGCCGGAUCAUCAUUUGAUGACACUACCGACAAAUGCUUGAGUAGAUAGAUCUGUGGUCUCAGCUUCAGGAAGCGGUGAGAAUAUAGAGGGAGGGGCUUAGUUGGGCCGCAGGGUGAGGGCACGUGGGGAGAGGAGCAAACUCAGUUUGGGGAGGGAAGCAGCCCCCUCGACAGCAUAUCCGUUCCGCGGAGAAGGGAUUUUCUGUUUUUCCCUGCUUUAGUUCACCUCAGCGCAAACUCUUUAACAGCUGUGAUGGCACAGGCUCUAACGAUGGAACACACACCAGCUGCACAUGGUACUGGUGCCCAUUGCUGUGUGUCACUGUUGCUCAUAGCUGAAGAGGACGCUAGGCACCUAGUAGUUGCAUCAUACAUAAUAGUACUGUGAAUGAAUAAAUGAACAAACGAACGAACAAAGAUGGAGCCUAGUGAGAUGAGUGCAGGGAACUGCCCAUGGUCAGUCUUCCUCAGACCAGGUAACGCCUAGGCAGGGAGAGCGCCCCUUGUGUGCUCAGCCUGGACUCUAGCUCAUGAAGACAGCACACGGUGAGGCCUGCAACCCCAGGCUUCUAGGAGCUGUGUGGAGGGGCUGAGAGUGGACACCAGAGCACAUCAAGGUGCCUGCUGGGAGAUACUCCAGGCCUUAACCACCACGGGAGGAAGAGUGAAGGCUAUCUGCAAGGGCAAGGCCCCCUGAGCUGUUCCAGACCCCGCUUCCCCACUCCAGGCCGAGUCUCUGAUGAUCACAAGAGUGAGUGGAGAAUGUGCUUCCUGCUCGGUCAGAGCCCAGCCUCUCAGGUGCAAGAACCAGCCAAUGAGGUGGCCAUCCAGGGAGGGCCUGGUCCCUGGUGGUGGAGCAGGCCCUGGGCAGUCUCUCCUGGAUGCCAAGCAGAGGCUGAGAGCAGAGGCCACUCCGAGGCUGCUCUGGACAUUCAAAGCCGUUGUGAUAGCAGGUGAGAGGACGCGGGUAGAAAGGACAGUGUUUGGAGAGAGGCCUGGAGCCCCAGACUCUCCUCUGGAUGUCCAGGCUGCCCCUUUUUUGGUGAUUGACUCUUACACAACCCCAGCAGCCUAAAAAUUUGCAAUCAAGGGGGAAGGAGUCUUUGUUGAAACUUUUACUUGGGAACACAGGAUUCCUACAAUGUAUGGUUCCUGGAGAGGGACCGAAGGUCUGGGGACACAUGGUCUGGCUGCUGCAUGGUGCCGCCCCAAAGUGCCAGCAAGCUAAGUGAGCCAGUAAAAGGGGAAAGAGGGUGGAGAGGAGGGUAUUUUGUAUAUCAGAGCUUUGUAUGUUACUUUAUUAAAUCUUCAAAACAAUCCCAGAAGCCAGGUUUUUACUUGAUCCGGUUCUACAGAUGAAAAAAACAGGUUCAGAGAAGUUAGGUGAUAUGUUAAGGUCACACAGCUAGAAAGGGACAGAGCCAGGAUCAUAUGCAAAUCGUUCUGACCCUACACUUUCUCCCAGUGGCUGUGGCCUACAUCCUUUUGGGCAAAAGCAGAAAGAAAUGCCCAUGAGCAGGGGUCUCCCCCACUCCUGGGAGGUGGCAGAGAUGGGACACUCAUCUGACUUCCUCUCUCUUCCCCAGGGUGGCCCGGAAGGUGUGCAGGGACACUUAGCUCUCUCUCUUUCUCUCAUGGACUUUGAGAUUCAGGCUCAGCAGUCUUCCAUGGCUCCUUAUCACAUCCGCAAAUACCGGGAGAACGACCGCACACGGGUCCUGGACGUGUUCUCCCAGGGAAUGAAUGAGCACAUCCCCACCACCUUCUGCCACAUCCUGAAGCUGCCCCGAACCCUGGUGCUCUUGCUUGGGGUGCCCCUCACCCUCUUCCUGUUCUCUGGCUCCUGGGUCCUGGCCCUUAUAGCCAGCCUCAUCCUCCUUGCUGCCCUGAGAUUCCUCUCCAGAUACCCCUGGACCAAAUUUAUAGCCAUGUCUUUGCGCACAGAUAUGUCUGACAUCACCAAGACCUACUUGGGUAAACCUGGCUCCUGCUUCUGGGUGGUUGAAGCUGAGGGGCAGGUGGUGGGCAUUAUGGGCGUUCUGCCUGCCACCCUGCAGAAGGAGAAGUUGCAGCUGCUUCAUCUGUGUGUGGCCCCAGAGCACCGAGGCCAGGGGAUAGCGAAGGCCCUGGUCAGGACUGCCCUCCAGUUCGCACGGGACCAGGGGUACAGCCAAGUCAUCCUCAUCACCUCCAUGGUGCAGCACUCGGCCUGGGCCCUCUACCAGCACAUGGGCUUCCAGAAAACGCACCAAUUCUUCUCCUCCAUGAUCUGCAGGCUAGUCGCUAUUCCUACAGUUGGCUUUGUCUACCACCUCCCCUCUGCUGGGGCCUCUGAGGCACAGGGUCUGGGAGGGGGCCCGUGAUCUGGUUCCUUGUGGCUCAGCCCGGAGAGGGCCAGCUCUGCUGAGCUAGCAAGCAAACCCCAGAGUCUCAAUGUGACAGCACAGUGAAAACUUACUGCUCGGUCAUGUGGGAACCCAGUGGAGUUGGCGGUGGGUGGUCCCCUCAUUCAGUCUUUUGGGGUUGCUGCUGUUUCAUUUACCUAGUGCCAUGAGAUGUUGCAUUAAAACAAACUAAUGAAAUAAACUAACGCCAACGAA